GAAUUGUCGGAAAAUAUUUUUAGAGAUCAAAGAAACUAGUUUAAAUUUUAUUAUUUAAUUAUGUUUUGUCAUUAUACAUAUUACAUGUGUAGAUUUGGAUAGGUGAAUAAAAAAAGAUUUAACACUUAAAAGUUAUCAAAUGUUUUGAAUGCCGUUCCCAAGUUGUCAAGAAUUUCAAUUACAAGCCUUUCUUCAUCGUCCGUCCGAUUUGCUAGGUCACCGAUCGCAAAAGUCAAAUUUUCAUGAUCAUGAUCAUUUCACUCUGUAUUCUCGUUGAGAUAUCAAGAUUAUUCAACCAACUAUUGAGUUUUGUUGCUCUCUCUGAUCAUCAAUUAUUAGAUCAUUGAAUGAUUGAUUUCACUUUGUAUUGAUACCCAACGAAGGCGUGUGGCGCGCGUUGGUUAUGAGAUUCGAUUUGGAUCAAGCCAAUCGUAUCAUAAUUUUCUUGUGGAAAAUUACACUCAUCAGUCCUUCUUAGGACUAAUCCAACACUGAGAGGGUAGAUUGACGAGGGCGUGUGGCGCACGUCAAUUCCUUCCGGAGUGAGGCCCAUAAAAUGGAGCAAGAAAAGAAGACAGAUCCCACUUCCAAGAAGAGGAAAAUAUCGAAAAAUACCAGUGAGGAUGGUCAACAUAAAAAUGGAAUUCCAACUUACAAUCGCUUCGAAGUACUCGAUGAUGAUGCCUCGUCCAUAAGCAGCAUUGAAAUUGAUGAAGAGGACUCUUUCUCGACUGCAGUCACUAAAAAAUUCAAGAUUCCGCCACUGGUUAUCACAUCAAAAAUUGAAAAUUACAUGCAGUUCAUAAAAACCAUAUUAAAUGUGUGUCAAGACAAGAAGACAAGAAUCGACUACAAUCCGAAGAAAUUGAAAGUGUUCACAACCUCCAUCGAAGAUUAUGGAGAACUAUUGAAACUUUUAAAAAAUGAAAACAUGGAGUUUUACACAUAUGCUCCAAAAAACUCCCGACCAAAGCAUAUAGUUGCGAAGAGACUACCUAAUAUCCCAACACCAGAGAUCAUGGAAGAUUUACUAAAGUAAGAUGUCCCUUGCGAAAAAAUUUCCAUCCUCAAUAAGAAAAAGACGGCAUCAUAACCGUAUAUGAUGAUCCAAUAUACAUGAUCACAUUAAAAAAAGAAGUGGACUGUGACAAAUCGAUUGAAGAUCCACCAAAGUGCACUAACUGUGAAGGGCAGCAUCCGGCAAAUUACUCUUAAUUUUUUAUUUUGCCAAUAACAGUUUAAUAGAAAUAAUUACUCCUGAUUCUCUCAAAAAGGGCAAAUCAAAGCGUACACAAUUUUAGACGGUGUUUUUGUUAAAAAAUAAUAAAAUUAAUUUCAAUUAAUAAAAAUUUGUCAGUCAUACAAUAAGAUUUAACAAUUUUCAAUCGGAUCACUAAUGAAUAUUUCAAAAAAAAGUCGAAUAACUGAAUUAUUGAAUGAAAAGUAGUGUUAAAACUCCCCUCUGUAAUAUUGAAGUUGAAGUUUUGGAUGAAUUAGAUUCAGACCAUCUGCCUAUAAUCGUAACUCUUAAUGUUUAUAA